CUCGCCGCGCGACGUCUACCAGCGUCCAGCAUUGUACAGAUUGACGCCAGAGAAGUGGAAGCUUCAGUUUCCCCGGCCAUCAACUUCUCCUCUUCCAUCAUUUGACGACAGCUUCCAGACCACAAGCUAAAGCCGAGACUUCGAUUGCCUCCAUCAUACUUGCGCCAAUUGUCAAUCAGCGGUUUACAAAGUCACGACAUACUGGUGGUUCCUUUCAACCUUGACGAGCGACGUGAUUCUUGGUCCGGUGCGAACCCCGACCACUAUACGAUUAUCCAACUAAAUCGAAUAUACACAAUGGCGCCCUCCCUGCUCUUCAACCCGGCCAAGCUCCCUCCUUCGGAAGCUCUCCAACUCGCACAGCAAGCUCCCGUUGUCUUGCAAGGAUCGUCAUCAGAGACGGUGGACCAAUGGGCAACAUACGAGAAUCUGCUGCUAGCGUGCCUCCGAACCGGCGAUGAUGAAGCGGCCGCAAAAUGUAUGGAUCAGCUGGAGGCACGGUUUGGCCCCGACAAUGAGAGAGUCAUGGCUUUGAGGGGCUUGUUGUCCGAGGCCCAGGCCGAGAACAACGGAGAGCUGGAAGCGGUGCUCAAGCAGUACGAUGCCAUUCUGGAAGGAAACAGCACCAAUCUCCCUAUCACAAAGCGCCGGAUCGCCCUCCUACGAUCCAUGGGUCGCGUCUCGGAUGCCGCAACGGCUCUUGUACAACUCCUCGACUUCUCCCCAACCGAUGCCGAGGCCUGGUCUGAGCUGUCGGAUCUCUACUUCACACAAGGGCUAUACUCUCAGGCCAUCUACGCCCUGGAAGAGGUCCUCCUUCUGUCGCCCAAUGCCUGGAACAUACAUGCACGACUGGGAGAGGUGCAGUACAUGGCUGCCACGACUUCGGGAAGUGGCGGUGGAUCGCAGCAAAAGUACUUGGCCGAGGCGCUCAAGCGGUUUGCUCGGAGCAUUGAACUGUGCGACGACUAUCUCCGUGGCUACUAUGGGCUGAAGCUAGUCACCACGAGGCUUCUCAAGGAACAGGCCAAACAGGCCAAGCAGACUGACGAUGGCGAGUUCACUCUGCCUGAUCCCAAGACAAUUGAGCGUCUCGAUGAGCUUGCGACCGCCAAGCUAUCGGAAAUCGUUCGUCAUAGCACUCUGAAGGACAGAGGCUGGCGCGGCUAUGACGAACGUGAGGUUGCAGCUGCCCGUGAACUGCUCUCACAAAAUGGAAUUGAGAGGUGAGAUGUGCUGCCAUUGAACGAGGCAAACGGUACGGCGCUCAGUCCAGUGACCGAUUCGAUAUGUUCAUUGCCCGCUGGAUGUAUGUUGUUUGGCACAAUUUCAAUGUGUUACGGACAUCCACCGCGCAUAUAAUGGAAGGCCAUCGUCGCAAUCGGAACGGCCUCUUUGACGAUGGCUGGGACUAGCGAGUGAGCAUCAUUGGUAUCCUUGCAAGGUACUUUGGUUCCUGCCUGCAUUAGUCGACGCAGUGGGUCUUUGGGCAGCGAAAAGGCAUCAAGAAGUCCGGCUUCACGUGGCGCCAGUAGAUGCCCAAAGGCGAUCCUUUGCCCGGUGGUAAGACGGGCGGCGCAGGCGUUCUCAGCCCAACCAGAAAGAGAACGCCUUCAAGCCCGCGACUGUUGCGUUGAUGCAGGUUGCGAAAUCUCCCGAACCCUUCAUGAACCCUUUUUUUUUUUUAAAUUCUCUCAAUUUCUUGGGCAGAAAAAUGCGUCUAUAACUGGUGGCCGGGUUUCAGCUCGGAACGACAUCUGACUGGCUCUACGCAUUGCGCGGUACAUAUCGCAACAUGGUCACCGGCCAACAGCCCAGGCCAUGACACCGGCUCAUCUUCCACUUUCUUUCUUCCAACACCAUGUACAGACUCAAGACGAGGUAUCCUUGACAAUAGUUGAUGCCUUACUCUGGGGGGUGUCUUUUGAAGCGGUCCUUGGUAAUAAUGAUAAUGAAUCAAGAAAAGUUAUGGGAUUUCAAGAUCACCAUGAAUGGUUUCACAACCUUUCUGCCGCAUGGCCGGCGCCGAGUCGGAUGAUGCUUAUUCAUAAGCAAUCCGGAACAGCAGCCGAUAAUAUUAUCCAGAAUCUUCAAGUCUGUCUCUGUCUCCGUGGCGCGAGUCUUGACUUGUUAGCGUACACUACACUACAUGCGAAUGCCCUGAGCACCACUCUGUCAUUCUCCCCUCUCACAAGUCAAUCUGAGCUUAAAAAAUAACGGAGGAAAGCAAGACUACUUAAAAGACAUACUCAUUUCAAC